CUUUUAUUGAUAUUCAUUCAUCAACUUUUUUCUUUUAAAACCCAUUUUUAUGCGCUUGUGUGUGCGGGAGCUUGUGUGAGAGAGCGUGUGUUCUGCAUGUCUAUUUAUUCCUAUGCUUGAUUGCUCUUUUCCUUCUUCUUUCUUUCACUUUUCCCUCAUGUCUUUGGAAGAAUACUAUCAAAGCUUUCCUCUUCCGCCUCUACCUGCUUCUACGCAACGCUAUCAGAAAUACCAAAAGACAAAAAUACAUUAUGACCUUGAACAGACUAUCACCGAAGUAGAGGUUAUCGCUAUUCAAGAAAAGUUAAAAACAGCCAUGGAUAAAAUAGUACAAGACUGGGCAGAGAGACACGAUAGUUUAGUGGAUGCUCUAAAUGCAUCAGAACGCAUGAAGAGAGGCCUUGUUGAAAAAUAUAAUAACCAAUUACAGAGAUAUCAAAGGACAGUCAAAGAAAUGCACUUUUACAAAACAAGCUACGACCAGUUACUUCUGCGACGACAUUCCCUGUUAAGCUCUAGCUGUAGUUAUAGGCCCGGAAGAAGUCUCAAAAAAGAUUACUGCUCGCUACCAAGGCUUACGUCCCCUUUCUCGACAUCUUUGGCUCCCGUAAAUGAAGUUGUUGAGGCGGCACUCUCCCGGGACCAGUUGAAGGACAAAGAAAUUGACCUGAUGGACUUUGAUUCUGACCUCUCUGAUAUCAUUAACCACUCUUCUACCAUUUCCGAGUGUGAUGGUUCACUUCAAUCACAAGACGACAAACAUACUGAAAGCUCAAGAAUAAAGGAAUAUAGCAAAGAAAAAGAUGCAAUGACCGAAAAUAAUGAAGAAAAUAGUGAAAAUGAAAAAGAAAUUGCUUCGAGAAAUAAUGAAAAUAACAACGAUAAUAAUAAUAAUAAUACCAACAAUAACAAUAUCAAUAAUAAUACGCGCUCAUUGGACCCGAUUGAAGAAACAAAAGUACUCAAGUUUGCUUGUGGUGAUGGUUUUUGGAAUACGAUCGCGAACGGUAAAGCAAACAAGGAAGAAGUCGUUCAAACUGUCAUGAAUUACUUGCGUCGCGGGGGUAACCCGAAUGUCGCCAAAAACUCAGACACAGUCAAGAGAGUCAAAGAAGGCUACAGUCUGGUUCAUGCAUUAGUUGCUAUAAAGAAUACGGCUGCAUUACAAAGUGUACUUUUAACUGGUGCAAAGCCCAAUGUGUUCCCGUUGACGGAUAAUCCAAAAGACAAGGUUACCCCCUUAGUGUUGGCAGCUCAGCUGGGUUACUUGAAUGGCGUCAGGCUGCUGAUCGAGCAGGCUGGGGUGGAUAUAACGAAUAGCUAUGGCCCAUCUGGCGAAAAUGCGUUACACGCAGCUGUUCAAAGAAGCUCGACACUGCUGGCGCAACUCCUCUACAUUAUGCAUGUUCUGCAGGAAAAUCCGAGUUUGUCACUCUUUUGGUGAAAGGCUAUGAUGCCAAGAUGGAUGCUCAAGAUUCUAAAGGGGAAACACCGCUUCAUUAUGCUAUACGUCAUCGUCAGUUACAAGUCGUGACAACCUUGAUUCGACUAGGCGCUGAUCCAAACGCAUGUAUUCUUAAGAAAACAUCUACUCCUCUUGACUUGGCUAAAUCUAAAGGCUAUAAGCUUAUUGUUGACUAUCUCAAGCAGGUUGGGGGCAAGACAACAAAAGAAAUUGAAAAAAAGAGGAUAUCUAUCGUUAGUAGUAAUACCAGUACGUUCAGCAGUGAAAGUUAUGGUAGUAAUGAUACCAACUCUUCUUCUUCAGGUUCCAUCAAAAAGUUUUUCCAUGUAAAGACAACUAAGCUAUUGAAGGGAAAAUAAAAUUUUAUU